AUGCGGAGGCUUGCUGCUCGGCAGCUGUUUGCGCUGACAGUGAAUUACGGCCUCCUGUCCUUCCUGUGCUCUGAGCCAGCUUACAUGUCUGGGCCCUUGCAAGGGCCCUGCAGAAGCGUGCUGCGAGCAACCUGUGGCGAAAUAGGAGAGACCUCCCCUUCUGAUUCUGGCGAUUCUCAUGAACCGAAUGAACUUCUCUCUGCUCUGGAGGCUGGUGAACAUGAGAGGGCCCUGGAGUUGUUACAGAGCCCCAAGGCGGCGACGUGGCUGCGAAGGCGGUCCCGGCGCCGGGACUGCACGCCUCUGAUGCUGGCAGCCGGCGCCUUGGGCGAGAUCUAUGAGGAGGUCGUGGAGCGCAUGUUGGACUUCGGCAGCGGAGUCGACGGCGCCGACGUUGCGGCCAAGAGCCGCAGCUUCCGCACCGCGGCGGACUACGCAGCGAUGCAUCCCGGCGGAUCCAGGCUGGCCGCCCGCCUUCGGAGCCUGGAGGACAAAGAGCUCAAAGAGACUGCCCACAAGCGAUGCCCUUGCUGCGGCGUGGCGCUGAUGCGGCGGCCAAGGGUCGCUUCAUUGGCGGACCGCUACCGGGAGGGGAGACACUCGAAUCCGCUCCUUCGACGCUUCUUCCAGAACUGGCCAGAGGCCUGGGAGACCUUGAUGCGCCCAGAGUUCCACACAUUUCACAAGGCACACAGCUUGCACAAGGAGUUGUCCGAGUCCUUGGCGGUUCUUGAAAAACUCUACGAGGUGUGCCCUGGGCUACUGCGUGCCGAGGGAAAGGAUUGGCAUAUCCUGGACCUGUGCUGUGGCAAGUCCUUAACAUGCGCGCUCGCUGCUUCUCGCUAUCCAGAGCUGAUCCUGUCGGCGGUUGAUCAGGUUGCCCCGGACAUUUUGCCACACUACGAAUGGGCAGACAUGCUUAAUGUCCAGUACUUGCAACAAGACGUGCUUGCCCAGAACUGCACAGAAGUUCUAGGCCAAAGAGUUGCACAAGUCCACCGACCAGCUGCAGUCAUUGGCAUCCACCUAUGUGGUCGGCUCAGUGAGCGCGCCGUUGAGGUGUUCGAAGCUGUGGAGCAGGCACGACUCAUGUCCGUGCCUGGUGCGACUGUGGAGAAAGUGGUGGCAUCGGACAUGAAGUCCACCAAACAGACGGUCCUGGUCUUCUCCAAAGCCAUCCAUUAUGCCCUGGACUGUCUCCCACAAGGUGCCCCGCCUCCACUUUUGCACCAGCCAAUGCAGUGCUCGGAAUUCACCAUGUCUGAGCUCCCCGAUGGAAGCAAGGGGCAGGCGAGCCUUCCCAGCAACCUUCUCACCAACACGGUGGAAGGACUGGGUGCAGCCGCUGCCGUCCUUGGUGAGAGAGCACGGGGGCCGGUGGCCACGCGCAUUCGAGCGAAAGCUGUUUCCCGGCUGGCCACCGCCAGCGCGCUUCGGCAGCUAGUUCACCUACAAGGCAGAGCCGACUGUGAAACCGAGGAGGUGAACGAGUCGGAGGAGCUGCCAGCAGUGUGGAGAUCUACUAGCGAGCGCAGCCAAGCGCGUUCCGUCGACAUGGAUGCGAAGAGGGACAGGCGAAGUCUGUCCUCACAGGGAACGCGGCGCCUGUCUGGUCCUUCUCGGUCCAACACCAUCCACAUGACCCAGGACCAGGGCCCUUCCGCCAAAGAGUCGCUGGCAGCCAUGCUGAGUAGUGCGGAGAACACCUGCAAGUUGAGUGCCAAGAUCCAGAACAGGAAGUUCAGAGAGGUGGCCUCCAACACCACCCUGGGGAAAAUCGUAGGGAACGACCCGGUCCGCGCCGCCAAGAAGUUUAACCUGGUUGUGGUACCGGCCUGGUCCAUGAACAAACCCUGGCCUCCCCCUCCGGUGAAGGUCAAGCUUGGUCAGAUGCGUUUGAACAUCGAUGACAUCAGAAUGGCCGAAGAGGACGAUAUCGUGGAAGAGCCAACGGAGAAUGAAGUAAAGCGAAAGUUGACCAUGACCUUCGAGAAGCACUUCUCGAGGCGAUUCAGUGCCAACUGGACUGCGGAGGAUGCAGAGAGGCGCGCGGACACGAAAACCAUUAGCGUGAGCAGCAACCUGUCUGUCAACAAGAAGCGGUCUGCGUCAAAGCAGAAGAAGAAGUCCAAGGAGGAUAGAAGGCAGGCACGGCAGCACAUCGAGGAGAUGGUGGACUACACGAUGAAGCUGCUGGGAGUGGGCGCCGGUCGGAUCUUUGCAGUCUAUGACGGACACGCAGGGAGUGAAGCUGUCACGUUUGCAUGUGGAUUGCAAACCUGGGUGUUUGCCGGGCUAGUGUCCAAUGAUGGCACCGCAGCUGCAAUUUCCCGUGACCAUGCCGCGGAAAAGAAUGCGGCUGAAGCAGAACAUUUGAAGAAAUCAGGGGUCGGCGUCCAAGCCGGCUGCGUGCAUGGCAUCAUGAACGAGCCUGAGGUGUUCCGGGUGGCGAUUGAUGACGCCGUCGACUUCAUCAUGAUUGGGUCAGAUGGCAUCUGGGAUGCACUAAAAGAGCAGUUUGCUCUGACUCAUGCCCGCAAGGCACUCCGAACCACGGCAAAGCCGGAGGAUGCCGCAGUUUCGAUCCUGCAAAAUGCGGGCAGGGUCAGCAAGGCAGACAACGCUGCAGUGGUUGUGAUUGUGUUCAAGUUUCCGGAGCCGCUGCCAAAACGGCCAGCGGUGCAAAGAAAAUCCUUGACGGCGUUGCAGGAGUCAGCUGCAUAA